AGAGAGCGAAAGUGGAAAGUGAGAAGUGAACAAUUGAACCUCAUUUAAUAAUUUGAUCCUAGAGUCAACCAAUUGAUUGCGCAUUCCCAUCGCCUCGCAAUCAACUUCCUCCGAGGGCUCCGGGUACAAAUUUACCUUCAAAUUCUUCCAAGAUGCUUUCGAGGGCAGCAAGACCGGCUCUGAGAGCUGGAGCUGCGGCUAUUCCUGCUCGUACCGCCAACAAUGGAGCAGCUGCUGGUUAUGCUACCCUGCGAGAAAUCGAAGGCCGUCUAAAAUCUAUCCGCAACAUCGAGAAGAUCACCAAGACCAUGAAGAUCGUAGCCUCCACAAAGCUGACCCGCGCUACUCGUGCCAUGAACGACUCCCGAAAGUACGGUCAGACGUCAAACGAAGUCUUCGAGUCCGCAGAGACCAAACCCCUCGAAGGUGAGGGCAAGAAGGUCCUGUACAUCGUCUGCAGUUCCGACAAGGGUCUUUGCGGUGGUGUUCACUCCGGUCUUUCUCGUUACAUGCGCCGAAACGUCUUGCUUCCUGGCAGCCAACCCGCCGACCUCAUCCUCAUUGGCGAGAAGUCGAGGGCCCAGCUGAGUCGUACGAACGCUAAGGACAUCGUCCUCAGCUUUUCUGGUGUCGGAAAGGACAUCCCCACCUUUGCCGAUGCCCAGGCCAUCGCCGAUCAGGUUACGCAGCUUCCCACAGACUACUCCGAUAUCAAGAUCGUGCACAACAAGUUCAUCAAUGCUACAAGCUACGAACCCACUAUCGUAGAGGCCUUCUCCGAGGAAGCUAUUGCCAACUCCCCUAACUUCUCUGCUUUCGAGGUUGAUGAUGAGGAGUUGCUCGCUAACCUGAGGGAAUAUACCCUGGCCAACUCUCUCUUCUGGGCCCUUGCCGAGGGUCACGCUUGCGAGAUCUCUGCCCGACAACAGGCCAUGGACAACGCUUCCAAGAACGCUGGUGAGAUGAUCAACAAAUACCAGAUUCUCUUCAACCGUACCCGUCAAGCCGUCAUUACCGGAGAACUGGUCGAAAUUAUCACAGGUGCCACCGCUUCGGAGGAUAUGUAAAGUGGUUGAUAGAAGAAUAGAUGGGAUAGUGAAUGGUGAAUAAUCCAAUCGCAUCCCUUCCUUUUGUAUCAAAGUACCCCAAGCAAAACCUCGGCCUUGCUGCCUUGGAUGUAUCAAUUCCUCAAUAAACUAGUUCCUCAGCACUCCCUUAUCCCCUUAGCUUUUGUGCCUCAUCUGUCACGACUUUUGAUUGAGAGUAUAGACCCAUGCAAGUACGUUGAGGACCGUGUAUCCUUUAGUCCCAGUUUGUGGCCAGACAGCUGCAUUCCCUUUGCUCGUUAGCUUUGGGCACUGACCAAUCCUGCCUUGAUUGGCCUUGGAUACCUAACCAAGUGGUUACAUUGACUAAAUGUGACUCUAGGAGACAACCGGUUUCCCAC